AUUUUUUUUUUGAUAAAAAAGUGACUCCAUUGUUGAAGCCUCAACAAGAACUGUUUACUCUGACAACGCUUGUCAAUUUCAAGCUAAAAUAAACAACUUAAAUUAAUAAAAAUAGUAUUUAUAUAUUAAUAAUUGUCUUGGUGAUUUAUAAAUAAUUGUUUUGUGUUGUAUUAUUAUCGUGUUUGGACAUAAAAAUAAAUAAAAACAACAAAAAAAUAAGCCUUCUGUCAAAAAAAAAAAAAGAGUCUUCGUGGGAUUGUGGCAUAUAUUUGUGAGGUGAAAAGUGAUGUUUCAAGUGACAAGGAAUAUAUACAUAUAUAUAUAAAUUAAUUAUAUAUAUGUAUAUGUAUAUAUAUGUCUAAAUAAAUAUAUAUACGUAUAUGUGUAAAUAAAUUUCUUUUUAACAAUCGACAUAAAACCAGGCUGAUUUUUUUUUUAACAAAAUGGAAAACGCUGUUGAUGGUGGUGAUAAUAUAAAUUUGUGUCUUGGUGAAAAUGAUAUUGUUGAUGAAUUAAAAAUUGGAGCUGAUGAAACGUAUGACACAAGAAGUGAAGUAUCAUCAAGUUCAUCUGAUUCAGAUUCAAGCCAACCAAGUAUUAGUUCAGUAUCGACUAAAUCAUCACGUGGUGAUAAUAAAAGAAAUCGUAAAACUCGAGGUAAACGUGGACGUUCACAUGAUAGUGAUUCAUCAAGUCCAGAUACAAAACGUGCAAGAUCUAAAGAAAAUAAUAAAGAAACACCAAAAAAUUAUGAUUAUAUUACAAAACUAAAUUACUUAUUUAGAGAUGCAAGAUUUUUCAUCAUCAAAUCAAAUAACGCUGAGAAUAUAACAUUGUCAAAAGCCAAAGGUGUUUGGAGUACAUUACCACAAAAUGAAGCAAAUUUAAAUCAAGCAUACAAAGAAUCAAGAAAUGUAUUGCUUAUUUUUUCAGUUAAAGAAUCUGGUAAAUUUGCUGGUAUUGCAAGAUUAAGUACUGAAUCACGUAGAGAUGUUACACCAAUAUCAUGGGUAUUACCACCAGGUUUAUCAGCAAAAGUACUUGGUGGUGUAUUUAAAGUUGAUUGGAUAUGUAGAAAAGAAUUACCAUUUACAUCAACAUUACAUUUAUAUAAUCCUUGGAAUGAUGGUAAACAAGUAAAAAUUGGUCGUGAUGGACAAGAAAUUGAGCCACGUGUUGCUGAAGAACUUUGUCGUUUAUUUCCUGAAGAUGAUGCAAUUGAAAUGACACCCAUAUUAAGAAAGUCAAAAGAAGCAGCUAAAAAUGUUAUAAAACCAAUUGGUAAUAAAACAAGAAAUAAUCGUCCAGUUGGUAGUGCUGGAGCACCAAGAUUUUUACGUUCACGUGGUGGUGCUAGAGGUGGUGGUGGUGGUAGUGGUGGACGAAGAUUAUUUUUAACAUCAAGAUCACGUUUAGCAUCAUUAGCAAGAGGUGGACAUUUGGGUGAUCAUAGGGGACACAGUGAUUAUAAUCCACGUUAUGGAAGUUGGUACAAUCGAGGUGAUUCAUCAUACUCAAAAGGCUAUGGAACAUCAAGUAUUGCUGCAGCAGCUGAAGCAUAUGUUGCUGAUUAUAUGAGAACAAUGCAACAUCAAUUACCUCCAUUACCUCCUUAUUCAUCAUCUCAUCAUUAUGAUAAUUUACCACCACCACCACCUCCACCACGUUACUACGAUGGUAUACCACUUUAUAAUGGUAGUUCACCACUUGAUAAACGCAAUUAUGAACGAAGUGUUGAUGAAUUUUUAUGGCGUACAUCUAGUCGUCAUCGGCGUCAUCACAGUGAACAUAGAUCAGUUCGUGAUCAUCAUCAUCGACAUCGUGACAGAAGAUAAAUUAAAUAUA